CGGUCAGGGACGCACCGCGCUCGACUCCCAAAGCUUGCUUUUGUCGAUGAAUCUGAUCGCGAUGCCUUCGGGUUUUUAGAUCCCGGCCAAGUUAUCCGAGGCGCUCAUCUAAUUCCAGCUUUCGUUUCUGGGCGUGGAACAACCUCCCUUCGCCAUGGAAAGUCGUUCGCACGUCAAGAUGCCCAAUUAGAUGAUUGGGAGGCAUACUAUGUUGGCAUAUUUGUCGACCGCGAUAUGUUCAUGCGGUACACACCCUAUGGGAUUGGACAU